CGCACCGAGGCGUUCCUCAGGUUGCGCUGCCUGGAAACGGAGGGAGCCAUUGGAGAGGCUUUGGGGGUGGGGGUGGGAGCUCCCCAAUCCUGGGAGAAAAGCGGGGAGAGACUGGGGUGGCCAAGCCAUCCCCAGUAACCAGGUUCCAGGCUCGGGGGAAGAAGGCAAGUGUGGAAGGUGAUCGCCUUGCUAAAGAUCGCUAGUCUUCUCCUCGGGAGGAGCCGGGGAGGCACUGGGGAGGAGGCCGGAGCUGCAUGGAGUUUCUGGGGCGCGCAACUCCAGCGGGGCCUCGGCCACUGGGCUCCGGGGCGCAGCGAGGAGGCAGCCGCGCACAUGGGCUGAGCCCGCGCGGCCAGCGGGCGCGGGAGGGGUAGAGGCGAGCUCGGUGCAGGGGGUGCGGGGCGCACGUUUCCCCAGACGGGAGGCGAGGACAAGGACAGGGGAGGAAAGGAGCAGCUUGGAUCACCGCGGGCUCUGCAAAGAUCAGCAGAGACUCAAGGGAAAGGAAAGACUAUUCGCGCGGGGUUCCCGGACGCCACUGGGUUGGGCAAAGCGGCCUCACCACCGGAGUGGGGGACGCCGUGGGAGCCGGCGACAGAGAGGAAGGAUGCCCGCGCGGGGACGCGUGUGAGCGCCAGGCUGAGCGCUCGGGUUCGCGUCGCCCCCUCCCUGCGGGCCUCGGAGGAGGUGCCUGGGCAGCCCGGCAGCGGAGCCCCGGCUCCAAGAGAGGGAAAAGAUGCCGUUCCACCAUGUCACCGCUGGCUUGUUGUACAAGGGGAAUUACCUCAACCGGUCUCUGUCUGCAGGCAGUGACAGUGAGCAGUUGGCUAAUAUCUCUGUAGAGGAACUGGAUGAAAUCCGAGAAGCCUUUCGUGUUCUAGACAGAGAUGGGAAUGGCUUCAUCUCCAAGCAGGAGCUGGGUAUGGCCAUGCGCUCUUUGGGGUACAUGCCCAGUGAAGUGGAGCUGGCUAUCAUCAUGCAGCGUCUGGACAUGGACGGAGAUGGACAGGUGGAUUUUGAUGAAUUCAUGACAAUUCUUGGGCCCAAGCUAGUGUCAUCAGAAGGUCGUGAUGGUUUCCUUGGAAAUACGAUAGACAGCAUCUUCUGGCAGUUUGACAUGCAGAGAGUCACCCUGGAAGAGCUGAAACACAUCCUGUACCACGCCUUCCGGGAUCACCUAACGAUGAAGGACAUUGAGAACAUCAUCAUCAAUGAGGAGGAGAGUUUGAACGAGACCUCGGGGAACUGCCAGACGGAGUUUGAAGGAGUUCAUUCACAGAAACAGAACCGGCAGACCUGCGUCCGCAAGAGCCUCAUAUGCGCCUUCGCCAUGGCCUUCAUCAUAAGCGUCAUGCUGAUCGCAGCCAACCAGAUCCUGCGGAGCGGCAUGGAGUAGCAACCUCCCACCAGCCACACCGCGUUGCCAGCUCACCGCGCAUGUGCAUUCCCCGCGGGCAGACUCUGUUCCUCCACAUGGGAGAUCUGGACCUAUGGAUGGAUAUGCAGGAGUUGGUACAGUUCAGUAAAGAACUCAAGUUUGCAGUGCAACUGGGGUCACGGAUCAACUCCAUCUCCUUGGCAGGGACACUAAAGGGCUGUCUUCAAUGCUUUCAUGGUUUUGUUUCCCAAUGCAAUAAAUACCCGGGAGUUCUCAA